CGACGCGGACCGAUACUAUUUUGCGUGUGAUUUGUGCUGCAGUCGGUGUUGUUUACAUUUAGUGAUAAGACGUCCUCUUAUCGAGAGGAUCUGUAUGAAAUCUGUUGACCCAGAACUGAGAGAAGUAGAAAAUCCUUUGGACCAAAUUAUAAUUAGUAUUGGAUCGUUGGAAGAAGAUUGUUCCAACACCUCUGAUGUCCUGGUAGAAGAUAUGCAAACGCGUUCGUAAAUCGAGGAUGUUCUUGACGAUUUGUUACAUGUACGCUACAUUCGUGCAGUGGUGGCGUUUGGGGGCUUUGAAGACUAAACUGAACGGCACCCUCAGCCCUCAGAAUGCCCUUCUCCUCUGUCAUCCAUCUGGGCGAGUGCAGAAGCGUUGCUUGGAGAAUCUACUCUUCCAAAAUGGAAAUCGCACCGCGUGCACCGUCGUGCCUAAACAAACAAUUAACUUAGGGCAGUGGCUUUUGUUGCCCAGAGACUUAAAAUAUUUCCCUAUACAUUUCACGAGAGGAGGACCUUUCGAAACCCCCAAAUUGUACAUAUUAAUUCAAGCAUGUCUGGAUAUAUACAAACCACAUGUUGCACAACUGUUGCAGUUGGAAAAAUUUGGCGAUUUAGUUGCGUGGCGAGUGAACGAGAAUUUAGAAAUAAUCGUGAAGAGCGAUUUGAAUCAUCUAACAAGAUUAUUGAAUUGCUUCACAUACAAUUGCCUGGACAUGAACCACGAAUUGUCAGUGCUGUCUGUAGAAACCAUCGAAGUUGAAGGACAUCCUGUGAAAGUGAAAUACUUGAAGAAGUUCAAUUCGAAGAACAAAAUCAAAUACAGCUACGCACCAGGUGAUUGGAAGAAAUUCAUCGACAGUAUAAAAAACCUUUAUAGCAAAUUGACUGAAUCCACAAAUCCAAAGAUAAUGAUUGAAAACGGCACUAAAGGCGAGGAGAAGAAAGUGCCUGUAUCUGAAGUGAAACCUAUCAAGAAGAGUUCAAAUAAAAACACUUUAGACGUGGCCGCUGCAAGCGGCCACAAAAAGCAUAAGUCUGAUGAUAAAAAGAGUCGAACCACCAAGGUUCAUAAAGAGGCUGAAAAAGAGGUGAAGAUUAAGAUUACGGAGGAUACCGAACCGAUAAAGGAAGACGCAACUGAUGGGAAAAUUGCGGAAGAAGUUAAUAAAAAGAAAGUUCAAGAUGAGUCUAAUACAGCGAUAAAGGCUGCAGGAGAUGUUAAAACUGAGAAGAGGAAAGUUGAAGCGUCGCAUGAAAUUAAGAAGACGUAUUCCGAGGUGGCUCAGGCGAGGAAUUUGCAGAGGCAGGAUGCGACGAGAUCAAAGGAAACCUCUCCAAACAGAGUUGUUAAACCGCCCAAUAUAUUGGUAUAUGCGGAUAGUCAGGUUGCCAAAGAGAAUGUUAAAAGUGUGCUGAAGAAUAUGAUCAAUAAGGAGAAAUACACGGUUUACGAUUUACCCUUAAACACGAAGACUAAUUUCUGGGAUACAUCCACCAGUUUGGUUAUAGUCUGCGGAAACGUCGAACCAGAUUUGACGCCGCACCUGUUGGAGUAUCUGCUGAGCGGAGGACAACUUCUUUGCCUUUGCAGCGAUCUUCUGUAUUCAGUACUUCAGACCUAUUCAACUGCGGAAGUUAGAGAACUCGAGCUGGUUCGUUUCAGUUACGGCCAAUGGAAGAACGUCAAGAUGAUGCACCAUAUAUUCUGUUAUCAGGCUUCUCCAGCCAAGAAGCAGUUCUCCAAAGAUUCGGAUCAAUCCAAUCACAGCAAUGGUUCAAGUCCAGUAGCGCCGAGAACACCGUCGACCGUCGAAAUCCAGCACAAUUCCAAAAAUUACACGAUCCAAGUGCAAGUGCUCGGAGCUGAAGAAACAUGGCAGACUCCGAGUCUCCUCUUGGCAACUGUCAAAGGUGGCAGCGGAAAAGCUAUAUUUUCUCAGGUCCAUUUAGAAGUUGAUCCAACGCAGUAUCAAGAUGAUGAGAGCAAGUACAGUGCUUUGCGAGAUAGCGACACGGCUCGUUUGGAAAUCUUAAAAGACAUUCUCUCAAAACAAUUGGAAAUCGAUUGCCGUAAUUCUCAGGAUAAUAUCAAAUACACUCCGGCUUACUUUUUGGGACGAUUCGAGACCAAAAAGGAUCUCUUCAAUUGCACCGAAAGCAUCGUGAAUAACACUCUGUCGACGGAUGGUAUUCAGGUGGUUUUCUGCAAUAAAGAUGAUGAUCCGGGCGCAUCCACCUCGACGAGACUUCCGGUGCUCAUACACAGCUGCCCUUCCAGAUUCUCCACCGUAGCUUAUUACGAGGCUCUACGCACCAAACACUUGGGAAGGUUAAUGAUAUACGCCGACGUUCUCACGAGUUCCCAAAGACUCCUGAAAGAAAAACUGACACACGGACUUGUCGUUGUUGCCAGACAACAAACGGAAGGAAAAGGUCGUUCAAAUAACGAAUGGUUAAGUCCCGAAGGAUGCGCAAUGUUUUCUCUACAAUUGCACGUGCCGUUGAAUUCGGUUUUAGGGAAUGCCCUGCCGCUUCUGCAGCAUCUAGUUAUGGUGGCUAUUGUUUCAGCAUUGAAAUCGAUUCCAGAAUUUAAGAAAAUGGAUCUGGGAUUGAAGUGGCCCAAUGAUCUCUACGCACAUUCCAGUAUCAAAAUUGGAGGAUUAGUUAUAGCUUCCACAGUUGAAGAAAAGCAGGCUGUAGUUAAUAUAGGUUGCGGCAUUAAUUUGAGUAACUCAGAACCAACGUUGUGUAUAAACGAUCUCAUUACGUCGUUGGGCGUUAGAAAAUCCUUGGCUUUGGAAGAUUUCCUAGCGAUUGUGUUCAAUGAAAUCGAACGGAUUUAUGAGACUGUGCAGGAAGGAAACUUGGAUUACUUGUACGAGCUCUAUUAUGAUCAUUGGCUGCAUAACGAUGCCAUAAUUACUGUUAGUACGAAUGAAGGUUUUAGCAGAGAGGUGAAAGUAAUUGGAAUCGAUCAAUACGGUUACCUGAAAGUCAAAGGCGAUGAUGGAACGAUCAGCAGUGUUCAACCUGAUGGAAACAGCUUCGAUAUGUUGAGGGGAUUGAUCGCCCCGAAGAUAUGUUAAUACGUGUGUCAAACUUAAAUUAUGUCCUAUUGGACUGUAACAUUCCAAAGUUUAUAUUUAUAAGUGUCGCGGACUUUUUUUUUAAGAGAUAUUUUUUAUAUGUAAUUACAAAAUAAUUUUAUAUGUUUUUAGUUUUUUGUAGAUUCGAAUUGUAAUUUAUCUCACUCUGACUCUUGUUAAACUUGUGCUACUUUAUCUCUCUAUAUUUAUUAUUUAUUUGAAUCACAUUUUAUUUGGGGAAAUUCAUUGAUCAAUUAGUCAUUAAACUCAAUAUAAUUGAUUAAAUUUUGUCUAGAUGUGAAAAGUUUAAAAGAAAUUCUCAGAUACACGCAAAAUUUUCACGUAAGUUCAAUUACAAAAUGAGUAAGUCUAUGGAAAUAUGUAGUCAUGUGUGUGUUGCUUUCAAUCUUGCCAAAACCAAACUUAUUGCUAAUACUUGAAGCAGCAAAACAAACUUGACAUUCCUCCGUCUUCCUUCUUAAACAUUGUUAUUUUUUCUUGGUUUCUAUAUCAUAGCAUAUCUUGAGUCAAUUACGCUUGGAGAUAUUGAUACUAAAUAUAAAAUACUCGAUUUGUCGUGUGUCUAUAAUUAUAUUU